AAAUUACGAAAUCUUAUUUAAACCGUGAACAUGUUAAACAAAGGACUGCAGUCGUUAUGGUCUGUUGUUUUAAUUUGCAUUAUAGUUAAAGGCCAAUCAAAUGUAUCGUUUUUUUAUCGUUCAAAUUCGUAUAAAAACCCGGUAUUCACUAUACGAAAUUUAACAACUGAUGAGUUAGAAAAACUGGAUCUUAGUAUUCCUAUCAUUGUGUUAAUCCAUGGUUGGCUGGAAAAUAUCACAACAGAAUGGUAUGAAUACAUCUCUGACUCGUAUUUCCAACUGAUGGAAUGUACUGUUAUCAUGACCGAUUGGAGUCAAUCAAGAGGACUCUAUUUACUUGCAGCUUUUAGUGUAAGAACUGUUGGUGAUACUGUCGGCGAUUUUUUAAUUGACCUGCAAGAACAAGGCUUAAACCUAGAGACACUUCACAUAAUUGGAUUUUCUUUAGGAGCGCAUGUUUCUAGUAAUGCAGCGCGCAGAAUAAAAUCACAAAGAAAUAUAACAAUCAAACGCAUUACUGCAUUAGAUCCAGCUGGACCAAUGUUCAGUCUUAUUCCAGAUUUAUUUAAUCUCGACGUGGGCCUUGAGCCGUCGGAUGCCGUAUUUGUUGAUGCGUUACAUACUUCGUUGAUUCUAGGCGAAACAAAACAAAUUGGUACAGCUGAUUUUUACGCAAAUGGUUUAUUUCUGUCUCUUCAACCGGGGUGUCUAUUAAUUGAAGUUUGCAGUCAUUUGAGAGCACCGGCAUAUUUUAAUGAAUCGAUCCUUUCUUGUGGUUUUACAGCUACGCCGCUUUUGUCUGAUCGACCGGCGGUGAUCUAUGGAGAACAUAUGACCACUAAUGCUACAGGGAUUUAUUAUUUUCAAACAAAUUCCAAUUUUCCGUUUGCACAAGGUAAUUAUACAUGUUCAACUGUAUAGUGAUGGUUUAAACGAUUUAUAUCGUAAUUUCUCAAAACUUUAAAAUCGAUGCAUUAACGCAACAACGUUUUUUAUGCAGUAGAAAUGAAUUUUGUUCGAAAGAUUCUUACUAUUUAUUUUAAGUGCCAAAUUACAGCCCAUAAAUGUUCUUUAUAUAAAAUGCUUUUUCUGUCAGAUUCUCCAUAUAUACA